AUUCAGCGUUCCUGGUGGAGAUCUGGCACUGAGGAUCUCUCAGGAGGUGAAUGGGAGUAUCCGCCCCUCUUAGGACUCCCACGCCGUCCACUCUCUGAGAGCAGGUUUCCAGACAUCGGGGCAUCUGGCAGAAGAUGGAAGCUCUGGCCUUGCUGCCGGCUGGCCUGGCCUGGACUCGACUCCUGAGCUCUGUCUCCUCUCACCGGGCCCGGGGGUCUUGACCCUGAGUGGGUGAUGGGCCUCUUCUUUUCCAGGCUGCAGGGGUGCAGCCAGAGUGUCACGGAGCUGUUGAAGCGAAACUCCGGAUGGGUGUUUGAGAAUCCCUGUGAGUCUGACCACCACGGCCUCACCCAGGCCGUUCUUCCCUGCAGCAUCCCCAGGCACCCUGCGGCCAGGGACGGAGGGCUGACUCCACUCCCGAAUGCCAGGAGGCUACAGGUUCUGGUCUUAGGAUUGGUGCCCAUCCUGAGGGUGAAGAGAGGCCCCUGGACAGAGGACUGGAACCUUGCUCCCAGCAGGCUCAGAUGCCAGUGGAGUCCAGCCAAGGUCCCCAUAGCAAUAGGCGUGCUGGAGCUCCGGGUGCUGGCCACCAACUUCAGAGACUAUGCCAUCAUCUUCACUCAGCUGGAGUUUGGGGACGAGCCCUUCAACACGGUGGAGCUGUACAGUCGGACGGAGGCAGCCAGCCAGGAGGCCAUGGGACUCUUCACCAAGUGGAGCAGGGGCCUGGGCUUCCUGUCCCAGCAGCAGGCCCAGCUGCAGAAGGACCUCACCUGUGCUCACAAGAUCCUCCCGUGAGUGCUGCGUCCCCAGCAGGGACAGCGCCCGCAGGGUCCUGUGACCCGGCCAGGGUCCGCCCAUUUCGCUCAGCGGCUCCCAGGGCUCAGCUCCAGCUCAGAAUAAAGCAAUUCCACAGCAAA